AUGUCAGAUUUUUUGCGCUAUCAUCGCGAUUCAUCGACCUCAUCAGUGACCAGUACUGAAGAAGAGGAGUGUGUGGAACGUUGCCUGAAAAGGCGUAAUCUAACGAGUGCGUGGACAUCGUCGACUGACAUAGCCACAGAUUUAAGUGAUAUCACAACAUCGGCCAAUAAUAACAAUAGUAACACCUUGUCAAGUUUAUCCUCACCAAGCAGCAGUAACAGCAACAGCAGUUCGUCUGCGUUUUGUGUGUUUCAACGCAAAAAACGAAAACUUUCACGUUGUCGAAUUGCCGACUACUCGUGUUUUCCAAUGAUGAGUGAUUCACAAGCGCCACAUCAGUCGCAACAACAGCAGUCUUGUUCAUCAUCAGCGCCAUUGUUCACGCGAGCUCGAUAUCAGUUUGAUACCAGUAUUAUCAGUCGUCAUUUCAACGGUUACAAUAACAUUAUCAAUCACACGAAUAAUGACGAUCAUCCGCCUAUUAGUGAACAUUUGUCGUACAAUAAGCGUAUCGUUUUCAUAAAAAGACCGGUUUUAGGUGAGAACAAUUUCCCAACAGUGGAUUGUUUUCAUUGUGAGGAGUGUCCGGCACCGAAUCAGUCAGAUGUAGAUGAUGGUCAGUGUAUCAUUAGAACUUUGUUCCUGUCAGUUGAUCCGGCUCAAGUACGUGUGGAUUAUUUGGAGCCGUUUGAACCAGGUGAGUUAGUCGAUGGUUUGGAAGGAAUUGGUGUCGUCGAAAUGGCGUCUCCAGCGUCAGUUAUUUGA